UCGACGCAUCUCGCGAGCUGUGCCAUCAUCCGGCGACGUUUUCACCGCGAUCAUGGAUAUGGACCUCAAGGGCUCCGCGAUCUGUCCCUCUACCACCAGGUGGUGGUCGAAGGAGACGGUGGCCGUCGUCACCGGCGCCAACAAGGGCAUCGGAUUCGCGCUCGUCAAGAGGUUAGCGGAGCUGGGGCUCACGGUGGUGCUCACUUCGAGGGACGUCGGCAAGGGGAAGGCGGCGGUGGAGUCCCUCGACGGCCAGGGAAUUCAUGUGGCGUUCUGCCACUUGGAUGUGGCGGUGCCCUCGUCGAUCGUCACCUUCGCGGCCUGGCUGGAGCGGAGAUUUGGAGGACUGGACAUUCUUAUUAACAACGCUGCCGUCUCAUUUAAUGAGAUCGACACCAACUCCGUGGAGCACGCAGAAACUGUCAUCCGUACCAACUUCUACGGCUCCAAGAUGCUGAUAGAGUCACUGCUGCCCCUGUUCCGGAGAUCCAUCGCCACCAGCAGCCGCAUACUGAACAUUAGUUCUCAGCUCGGCCUUCUAAAUAAGGUGAGGAACCCAGCUCUGAAGGAACUGCUUCAGGACGAGGAUAUUCUAACAGUCGCGGCGGUGGAACGCAUGGUGUCGCAGUUCCUCCACCACGUAAAGAUGGGGACAUGGCGAGAAGAAGGGUGGCCAACGGUGUGGACGGACUACUCCGUCUCCAAGCUCGCCCUCAAUGCGUACUCCAGGCUACUGGCGAAGCAGCAGGAAGGGCGGGGGCUGAGCGUGAACUGCUUCUGCCCGGGCUUCACCAGGACUUCCAUGACUCGGGGGAGAGGCAGCCGGUCACCGGAGGAGGCCGCCGAGGUUGGCGCCAAGCUCGCCUUGCUCCCUCCCCACCAACUACCCACCGGGAAGUUCUUCAAGUGGUGCACCCCGUCCUUGUACUCGAAGCUGUAGAUGUAAUGCUUGUGAUGACAUUCGAGAAAGCUUUAGAUAGUGACUUUACUGGUCAUUAGAAGUGGCGAUAGUGAUCUCAGGUCAAAGCUAUCGGAUGAGAACGAGGAACAAAGCAUGCAUGCAUUUGCUGUGCUUGACUCGAGAUCUUGACCAAAGCCCUCAAGCGCUUACUUACUGUUUGUUCUUCCCCCUGAGCAUGAUCUACCACCAAUGCGGAUCCCAUGAAAUCUUCCUGAUCACCUUCUUUAAUGCAUCAUAGGUAAUAAAUAUCUCGGACGAUAGGCAUGCAGGGAGAAAACAAGUGGAAAAGGGAGGGACUGAGAACGUGAUGGACGUCGUGUUCAAGAUGAACAGCCAAGAAUUCACAUGAGGGUGACAUUGUUUUAUGUGCGAGCCGCUCAUGAUAUAAUAAUAAUUGAGAUAGAAGCCGGUCAAAUUGACACAAUAAUUGUGAUUUUUUUAUAUGUCUUGCAUAUUUUACAUCAAGAUAAUUAUAAAUG